GUGAUCGGACAUAUGUACCUAUUGUCCAAAUAUCAGGACAACCCAUGGAUGGGAUUCAAUGAGAUCAGGAAAAAGUAUGGGGACGUCGUGUCGCUAAAGAUGGGUCAAUGCAAGGCUGUAUUGGUCUCAUCGGCCGAAGCCAUGAGGGAAGUGCUGCUCCUUAAAGGCGAUGUCUUCUGCGACAGACCAUCCUUUCACAGAUACGGACUCAUCUUUGGUCGUGACAAACACAACUCUCUGGCACUAUGCGAUUGGUCUGAUCUGCAGAAAACGCGCCGAUCUAUGGCUCAGUCGGGAGUUAUACCCAAAUAUGGGUCCAAAUGCUAUAAAGAUCUUUCGAAAUGCAUUGAAAAUGAAGUGAAUCUUAUGGUAAAGCAAACGAUUGACUGCAAAGAGACCACUAUUUUGACGAAACAACACAUCCUUAUUCUGUGCGCAAAGAUAUUCAUUAAGCCUCCAAAUGGUUGCAAAAAAUUUUUAGAUGCCGUUCAUAACUACGACUAUAUCUUCCACGACAUAAACCAAUGCUAUGCCAUUGAUUUCAUACCCUAUCUAUCAGUUUUGGGAUUACAUAAGAGUUAUUUCGAUUUCGUUGAAGACUCGGCCACCAGUUUGAGAAAUUAUGUGGAGAAGGAAUUGGUUGGACAGAGAUUGGAGGCAACUGUUGAUAGACUUGAAAAUGAAGGCAUCGAUGCAAAGGAAGGAAGGGAUGACUUCUUGGAGUUAAUGUUAGAGCAUUAUGUGAGAAACCCUUCGUCCAUGAGUUGGUCGGAAUGUAUGUAUGAAAUCGGGGACUUAGUUGGGGGCCACUCGGCGGUCGGAAACCUAUUGAUGCGUUUGAUUGGAUUCGUGGCACUCAAUCCCAACGUUCAGAACCAGCUCUACAUUGAGGCGAAGAAUGCACUGAAAAGGCUUCCAAACGAUGAGGGGAUCAUUAAUUUAGAGCACCGGCCGGUUAUGCCUUUAACUGAAGCCAGUAUUCUAGAGACACUUCGCCUCACAUCCUCACCAAUUGUGCCGCACGUCAACAAAGUGGACGCAACCCUUCAAGACUAUGACAUAGAGAAGGGAACAAUGAUAUUAUUCAACACAUAUUACCUGAAUAUGUCUGCGGAGUACUGGUCGGAUCCACAACAGUUCAAACCAUCGCGUUUCGUGUCUUCGAGUGGAAGUGUUAGCCAUAUAUCAAAACCGGACCACUUUUUCCCCUUCUCAAGUGGACGUCGCGCGUGUUUGGGUUACAAAAUGGUUCAAACGAUUACAUUCACAGCAAUCGCUAAUUUGGUUCUCAAUUUCGAAAUCUCUGCCCUAAAUGAUGAACAACGCUCUGAAAUGAGCCGACAAUUGGCCCCAAAAGGCUGUCUGGCAUUGGAUUUGUCAGACAAAUGCUUUAAGGUUUCCCUAAGUCCAAGGCCUGAGAAAUAA